GGGCGCACGGUUCCGUUCUCAGAGGCUGUGGUGGCUGUCAGAGUGCCUUCCCUGAGGCGGCACUUCUCAUUCCGCUCUUCUCCCGCUUUCCAUGAGGUGUGGGGAGUAGCCUGGGUGUCCCCUUACUCUUACACCAUAGAAAUCAAGAAAGUUCCUUGAGGCGGGAGAACAGUCCCGUCAGGCGGCCCAGCGGUGUCCCCCGCACGCCAUGGUCCCCGCCUCUGUGAAGGCCGCGUGUGGCGCGGGCAGAGUGCCGAGUCCUGGCUCCACCUCCCACCUGCCGGUUGAGUUUCGGUGACUCCAACCCCAGCCUGGUGGGGAAUCCAUGAAAUAAAAGGCACAGGAGUCACCCGGCGCAUUUCGUUAAGCGUCAUGAGGGACCGAAAGAUGCGUUGGAGCCAGUCUCUUAAGCAGCUUCUGGUCUCGCAGAGUGGCGGGAGCUUUGAUCAUGGACCAAAGGACUUGAAUAUGGAAAAUUCUACUUGGCCAGCACAUUGACACAACAUAUGUCAGUCAAGGCCACAGAUAUCACGACAGAUGGCUCGGCAGUGCUCCCAAAAUGAAUAUUUUGACAGUUUGUUGCAUGCUUGCAAACCUUGUCAACUUCGAUGUUCUAAUACUCCUCCUCUAACAUGUCAGCGUUAUUGUAAUGCAAGUGGGACCAAUUCAGUGAAAGGAACGAAUGCGAUUCUCUGGACCUGUUUGGGACUCAGCUUGAUAAUUUCUUUGGCAGUUUUUGUGUUAAUGUUUUUGCUAAGGAAGAUGAGCUCCGAACCAUUAAAGGACGAAUUUAAAAACACAGGUUUUCUACGAAGUCAACCUUCCCAAGAUUCUUCCCUUGGAUCAGGUCUCCUGGGAGUGGCUAAUGUUGACCUGGAAAAGAGCAGGACUGGUGAUGAAAUUAUUCUUCCGAGAGGCCUGCAGUACACGGUGGAAGAAUGUACCUGUGAAGACUGUGUCAAGAACAAACCAAAGGUCGAUUCUGACCAUUGCUUUCCACUCCCAGCCAUGGAGGAAGGCGCAACCAUUCUCGUCACCACAAAAACGAAUGACUAUUGCAAUAGCCCGCCAGCUGCAUUGAGUGUUACAGAGAUCGAGAAAUCAAUUUCUGCUAGGUAAUUAACCAUUUCCAUUCAUGCAGUGCCACUUAAAAAAUCUUUUGUCGGAAUAGAUGAUGUGUCAGAUCUCUUUAGAAUGACUAUAUUUUUCAGUUGCUGAUACAGCUUUUGUCCUCUAUCCUGGAAACUCUUUAUGUUAGAUAUAUUUCUCUUGGUUACUCUUGGGAUCUUAACUGUAGAAACUUCCUUGGUUUCAUGAUUAAACUCAUUUUUUUUCUGACA